UACUUCUGUAACACAUUCCACUUACAAUUUGUUCUUUAAAAAUUCUAUUUGAUGCAUCAUUGAACAGAAAAUGCAGCAAAAACCAGACGAUCUCUGCGGUGAAUGGACACCUGAUUAUCCAGCCGCUGUCUUACCUGAUAGGGUGCAACACAAAGAAUCAGACUGGUCCUCCUGCAGACACUCAAAUCACGACUCUCCAUGUGGAUACUUCAGAAAAGCAGCAGAAGAUGUCAGCUCCUUCAACAGAAGACACCACUCCGACCUUCACACAUCUUCACCAGCAUCUUGCCAAAGCGGUAAUAGGGAGGAGCUGGAACAUCACUGGCAUCUGCUCUGGAAGGAGAAACUUGAUGAGAAGGAGAAACACAGGAACCAACAAAUUAACCAAACAAAGGAUUUAACUCCUAGAGACAACUCUCGGGAUCAGACGGUGACUGCUGGACUUGAUGAAAGGCUUGGCAGCUCGGCUGUCAGGAAGCGGCAGCUCGAGUGCGACAGCUUCCUUGAAGUGAAGAGGCUGAAGCAGGAAACUGUGGAGGACAACUUUGGUUCUUCACACAUCAAACCAGUUAAACAUACGAGUGAUUUUGCAUUCUUGUACCCUUACAGUAAUGUAUGUGAUGUGAGCAGAACUCCUAUUGGACACAUUCCUUAUCCAAGGGCUGAAUUACAUUCCUACCAAAAUAUGUGGGACUCAGACAAAAGGAUGGAUCUCUACUGGAGACAACAUUUCUUAAAAGAGCUCACCUUAACUCACUGCAGAGUGAUGGGGAUACCUCCUGUAGCACAGAGGCAGACAGAUGUUUCUCAUGGUUACUCUUCAACACCUCUUUAUUUCCCUCUCGCCGUCAGGCAGUAGGAGACCGUUUACCACAGUGAGGGAGUUUCUGCAGCCACACAAACUGAAGUGUCAUUUCCUCUGCUGCAGAUAUCAGCUCCCCUAGCCCGACUUUCUGCAGACAUUGAACCUCGAGCACCGAGUCUC